UCCAACACAUAAACUCCCUUAAGGGCCCCACAGAUUAGGAACGCAGCUACCAGCAGCCAAGGUAUUCAUUACGAGGCUUCAGCAGCUAAGGUUAACACGUUACAAUAUUCUAAAACAAAACAUAUAUCAAAGAAUUUUUUUAUUGAGGAUAGUGAAAAAUUGGACAAUAAUAAAAAUGGAUGAGAAUGACAACGAGCAUGACUUGGCCGUAGGCCAGGGCGGAAGUACAGGGAGGACGCAUGCGCAACAGACAACCAACAAUAUCUUUGAACGGUUGGAACAAAUGGGUAAUGAGACAGUGACGUCAGACACCUUCUUGCAUAACUCCCUAACCUCAAUUAACGCUACAUUGAAGACAUUAACAAAUGAGGUUAAUGACCUUAAACGCAAACAAAAUAGGGACCAUUCACCAGCGACAAUAAAGAGACGCAAAUUGACCUCAGCUUCAUCAGGCAAUGAUUCCAGUGAUUCGGACAAUAAUGAUGAAUUAGACCAAUUUCUGGAGGAAAGUAGGGAUGCUCCCGACAGGGAAGAAUGGUCUGAGCUGCAAGAUUUUUUCCAGAAUGCAGACGAAACAGGGGACGCUAUCCACGAGGAUCUUGCCAAUGUAGCAAAUAAAGCGUUAAGAUCAAAAUCAAAACCAGAGAAAACAAAACUAUUACAAGACAAACAUAAAAGACCAGUAAAUGUGGAGAAUUUACAAAUCCCAAGAGUGGACGAACAAGUAUGGAAGCAAUUAAAAAAGGACACAAAAUCGUAUGAUUUUGCUGUCCAGAAAUGUCAACAGGGUAUGUGCUUGGCACUGAUACCGACAUUGAAAGCCUUAGAAUUAUUAAAACAACCUCAACCACAGAUAGCUACGGUGAAAGAUCUAGUUGGGGACAUAUUUAAGUGUUUAGCCCAAACCAUUGUGCGUUCAAAUGAAAACCGCAUGGAAAAAAUUAAGAAAGAUUUGCUUCCAAUUUUCAAACCACUUUGCGACAAUACACCUUCGGCCACAAAUUUGUUUGGAGAUAAAUUGAACGAGAAUAUCAAGCAACUGAAAGAAAACAGAACAAGUCUUACAUCAAAUCGGGAGCCUUUUUUAGGAAAAAGGGGAGGGGGUCAUACAAUCGGAACCGAACAUUCAACAAGUAUCAAUAUUCAACAACGAUGGCCUACCCUCCACGAACAAAUCAAAAUUACACAGGAAGACAAAGGGGGAAAGGGAUACAGAAAAACAUGAAGAAGUA